CGCGGUCCUCCGUAGCGUAACGCCUGUGCCGUGCUUGUUGUGCUAGUGUUGUGUUCAUGAUUGUGUGUCCCGGACUUAUUUGGAUUAAUUUAACGCUUUCCUCAGUACGCCAGAUGCAUUGCAACUAAAAAUGAAGUGUUUGGACAUAGUGCUGGCUGCAGCGCUGGCACUAUGUUGCCCCCUCGCGGCGGCCUCGACCCCGGCAGCCGCGUCGCCCUCGCCGCCCCCUGAACAGAGCUCGACCCCCACGGUUCUCCCCCACGACCUCCACCCCGGCUACAGCGUCGAGAAGUUCGACACCCGCGACCAGUUCCUCAACUUCCGACUCCUCGAGACCGGCUUCUCCCAGUUCUUUACCGUCCUCGACAACGGCAUGCUCAUGACCACCUCGGACCUCACCCCCCUGGUCAACCGCCCGGUCAAGCUCGUCGUCCUCGAGGAGUCGCCCAACUCGACCGCGGUCCACACCCUCCAGCUCUACGUCAUGGACCGCCACGACAUGAUCGCCUUCCCGGUCCCCUCCUACGACGCCGCUCACGUCCCCGAGAACGAGCCGCCCAACACCCGCGUCCUGGGCAUCCCCCCGCUCCAGGCCACCGGCCACACCCACGGACCCGUCAAGUACUCGAUCGUCGCCGGCAACACCAACGACUCCUUCCGACUCCGCCAGGUCAAGAUCCCCGCCUUCAACGACAGCGCCUACGGCGUCCAACUCGUCACCUCGCGCCCCCUCGACCGCGAGACCCAGGCCGCGUACACCCUCACCGUCCAGGCGACCGACGCUCGCGGCAUCGACACCGCCACCGUCCAGGUCCACGUCGAUGUCGAAGAUGUCAACGAUAACGCCCCCGUGUUCUCGCAGAAGGUCUACCGCUUCGUCGUCGGGGGCGCCCCCGCCAAGGCGACGACCCUCGACGAGCCCGCGGCGCCUAUCAAGCGCUUCGCCGCCGUCGGGCGCGUCUCGGCGACGGACGCCGACGGCGACCGGGUCGCCUACCGCAUGGCCGUCCCCUCCAAGUACAUCGUCAUCGUCCCGCAGACCGGGGACCUCAUCCUCGCCACGGAACCCACCUCCGACUCGGGCGGUCUCGAGUGCGAGUUGACGAUCGAGGCCCACGAUCUGAGGACCCCGACCAGGUUCUCCCGGCACCCGGCCCAGGUCUGGGUCGAGUUCAACAUCCCCUCGUUGGAGGACGAAGAGGAGCUCCAGUUGGGCAACGUGACGCAUCACAUCGAGAAGCGCCGCGUGACGCGUGCCGUGCGUCCGACCAAGAGGAUCGAGUUCUCCGAAGCUGAUGGCGCCGCUGAAGGCUGCGUCUUUCAGCUGGAGAAGGAAACCGAGCGGGAGAGUUUCAAAAUCCGCGAUGAGAAUCAGUGGGUUCACGUCGAAGCUAACGGAACGGUGUGUGUUAAGAAAAAGUGGGACUACGAGGAGCUCGGCCAGGAGAAAACCAUCGACUUCUGGGUCACCAUCACUAACUCUGGAAAUAAUGGACCAAGAUAUUCGGACAACCAGCGCGUGAUCAUCCACGUAAAGGACGUGAACGAUGAGCCCCCGUACUUCAUCAACCGACCACUGCCGAUGCAGGCCGUCGUCCAGCUCAACGCCCCGCCCAACACGCCCGUCUUCACGCUCCAGGCCCGCGAUCCCGACACCGACCACAACAUCCACUACUUCAUGGUCCGCGACAGAACUGGAGGAAGAUUCGAAGUGGACGAACGUUCUGGUGUUGUUCGGACGAAAAGCGCAGAUCCGUUUCAGUUGGAUAUGGAGUACGUGUUGUACGUGAAGGCCGAGGACCAGAAUGGACGUCUGGACGACCGAAAAUUCCAAUCCACGGAGGAGGAACGACUCUCUAUCGUCGGAGGGAAAAGGGCCCCGCAGUUUUACAUGUCCAAAUACGAGGCAGAAAUACCCGAAAACCAGAGGAAAGACUCAGACAUCAUUUCCGUCAAGGCUAAAUCCUUUGCGGAUCGAGAAAUUCGAUACACAUUGAAAGCACAAGGCCAAGGAGCAGGAACAUUUAACAUUGGUCCAACAACGGGGAUUGUCAAACUUGCCAAAGAGUUGGAUUUUGAGGACCUGCGUCAACCACACGUUUACUCUCUCAUUGUCACAGCAACUGAGGAUUCUGGAGGCUUCUCAACAUCAGUCGAGUUAACGAUCAAAGUGACCGACGUGAAUGACAACGCUCCUAAAUUUGAACUACCAGACUACCAGGCGCACAACAUAGAUGAAGAUAUUCCCUUGGGAACCUCUAUAUUGAGGGUCAAAGCUACAGACUCGGACUCAGGCUCAAACUCUGAAAUCGAGUACCAAGUCUCAGACAGUCACUUCAUCGUCGAUUCAAGUGGAGUCGUCAGCAACAGCAAACAGUUGGACGCUGACAACAACAAUGCCUACUAUGAAUUUGUUGUCACAGCCAAAGACAGAGGUGAACCGCCCAAAACUGGCACAACUACCGUUAGGAUUUACACCAAGAACAAGAAUGAUGAAGAGCCGAAGUUUUCGCAGCAAGUUUAUACACCAAACGUCGAUGAGAAUGCUGGCCCUAAUACUUUGGUGACCACUGUCGUGGCAUCGGAUAAAGAUGGCGAUAGCGUGAAAUUCGGAUUUGUCGGAGGCGGCACUUCCUCAGGCCAGUUUGUCAUCGAAGAGAUCACUGGUGUAAUUCGACUUCACGGUAAAAACAUUACAUUGGAUCGGGAUAAAUAUGAACUCAACGUCACUGCAGUUGAUGAUGGCGCAUGUUGUGAGGGUGGCAAAUCAACAACACACACAAGCACAGCUGUUGUCGUAGUAUUCAUAACUGAUGUGAACGAUAACAAACCUGUAUUCAAAGACUGUGGCACAUACAAUCCUAAGGUUGAGGAAGGUGCAGCAAACGGAAGCCCUGUGAUUAAGGUUCAAGCCACAGAUGAUGACAAAGGUGUGAAUGGUCAGGUGAAAUACUCCAUUGUCCAGCAACCCAAUCAAAAAGGGACGAAAUUCCAAGUGAAUGAGGAGAGUGGUGAAGUAACAACUAAUAAGGUGUUCGACAGAGAAGGAGAUGACGGUAAAUUUGUAUCUGUAACUGUCAAAGCGACUGAUCAAGGUGACCCAUCAUUGGAAGGAGUCUGUUCAUUCACCGUUGAGAUCACAGAUGUUAACGAUAAUCCACCGCUCUUUGACCGUCAAAAAUACGUGGAAAAUGUGAAGCAAGAUGCUAGCAUAGGUACGAAUAUUUUACGUGUAUCAGCCAGUGAUGAAGAUGCUGAUAACAACGGUGUAAUCGUUUACUCACUGAGCGCACCAUACGAUUCCCAAGAGUUGGACUACUUUGAAAUUCAGCCAGAGUCUGGUUGGAUCGUCUUAAAAAAGCCUCUCGACCGGGAGAAGUACCGGCUCCGAGUGAGAGCGUCAGAUAAGGGCGAUCCGAUUACAUCUGCAGAUGUGGACGUAGAAUUAGAUGUUGUCGAUCGGAACAACAAGCCUCCUCAUUGGGACCAUGCUGUGUACGGCCCCAUGCUCAUCAAAGAAAAUGUCACAGUGGGCACAAUCGUGAGCACGGUUAAAGCAAGCUCCGGUAUCAAGGAGAAUCCAGUUGUUUUCUACCGGCUGAUGCCUGGAUCCACGGCGCAAACAAAUAAGUACCACACGUUUUAUCUGCAACAACGAGGAGAGGAUGGCUAUACAUGGGCGGAUAUCAAAGUGAACCAUCCCCUCGACUAUGAGACUAUCAAGGAAUACAAUCUAACGGUCCGAGUUGAGAAUAAUGGUGCGCAACAGCUAGCUUCGGAAGCUACGGUGUAUAUCGUCCUAGAAGAUGUUAACGACGAAAUACCCCUAUUCACUGAACGGGAACAAGAAACUGUCCUUGAAGGUGAACCAAUCGGAACCAAAGUGACGCAAGUGAAUGCCAUCGAUAAAGACGGGACGAGUCCUAAUAAUCAAACGUUUUACUAUGUUGUCGAUUCCCCGCGGAAUGAAGGCAAAGACUAUUUCGAAAUUAAUAUGCAAUCGGGCGAGAUUUAUACGAAAGUCGUGUUCGAUCGUGAAAAGCAAGGCGCGUACGCGUUAGAAGUCGAAGCCAGGGACGGAGCCCCUUCAGCAAGACCAAACAGCAAUGGAAAGCCCAAUUCAGUGACGAAGUUCAUCCGAAUCGGGAUUGCGGACAAGAAUGACAACCCGCCGUAUUUCGACAAAGAACUCUACGAGGCGGAGGUCGACGAGAACGAGGACAUACAACACACUGUACUCACCGUCACCGCAAAAGAUCACGAUGAAUCGUCCCGAAUUCGGUACGAGAUCACAAGCGGGAACAUCGGAGGUGCCUUUGCCGUCAAGAACAUGACAGGAGCCAUCUACGUGGCCGGAGCAUUGGAUUAUGAGACCAAGAAAAGGUACGAGCUGAUGCUAGCCGCGUCGGACAACCUCAAGGAGAACUCGACGAAAGUGGUGAUCCACGUCAAAGACGUGAACGACAAUCCGCCCGUCUUCGAGAGACCCACCUACCGCACCCAGAUCACCGAAGAGGACGACCGAACGCUCCCCAAAAAAGUGCUUCAGGUCAAUGCUACCGACGGAGAUAAGGACAGGCCACAGAACAUCGUUUACUUCUUGACUGGGCAAGGUAUCGACCCAGAUAACUCGGCAAACAGCAAGUUUGACAUCAACAGAACUUCUGGUGAAAUUUACGUGCUCAAGCCCCUGGACAGAGAUCAGCCCACCGGUCGUCCACAGUGGAGAUUCACCGUCUUCGCGCAAGAUGAAGGAGGUGAAGGGUUGGUCGGCUAUGCUGAUGUGCAGGUCAACUUGAAAGACAUCAACGAUAACCCACCUAGCUUCCCGGCAGGAGUCUACUAUGGAAAUGUUACAGAAAACGGCACUGCAGGCAUGGUAGUCAUGACAAUGACAGCCAUCGACUAUGAUGACCCUACAGAGGGGACGAAUGCCAAACUUACCUAUUCCAUUGAGAAGAAUGUCAUCGAAGAAAAAACUGGGUCUCCGAUCUUCGAGAUUGAACCGGAUACGGGUGUGAUCAAAACAGCCGUUUGCUGUUUGAACAGAGAAAGUACUCCUGAUUAUUCGAUACAAGUGGUUGCAAUGGAUGGCGGGGGGUUAAAGGGGACCGGGACAGCUUCGAUACGAGUGAAAGACAUAAACGACAUGCCACCAUUAUUCACGAAAGAAGAAUGGCUUACUGAAGUAGAUGAAACGGAUGGAAUCAAUCUACCAGAGACACCCAUUCUCACAGUCACAGUUCAUGAUGAAGAUGAAACGAAUAAAUUCCAGUACAAGGUCAUUGAGAACAGUGGGUAUGGUGCUGACAAAUUCACCAUGGUCAGAAACAAUGACGGAACAGGUUCUUUGAAAAUUGUGCAGCCUCUGGACUACGAAGAUGCCUUACAGAGCAAUGGCUUCCGGUUUAGAAUUCAAGUGAACGAUAAGGGAGAAGAUAAUGAUAAUGACAAGUACCAUGUUGCGUACUCAUGGGUGGUGGUGAAACUGCGUGAUAUCAAUGACAAUAAACCACAAUUUGAACGUUCGAAUGUGGAAGUCCUGGUUCUUGAAAACGCUGAAGUCGGGAAAAGUUUAGAAGUUUUCAAAGCAAGUGACCCUGAUCAGGGAGGAAAGAGCAAAGUAUCAUUCGCCAUUGACCGGAGCUCAGAUCGGAGAAGACAGUUUGCCAUAAAUCAAGAAGGAGUAGUCACAAUUCAGCGACCCCUUGAUAGAGAGGAAACUCCUCGCCAUCAGGUGAAAAUUCUGGCGAUAGAUGAUGGUAUCCCGCCCAAAACAGCAACGGCAACUCUGACUGUGAUAGUGCAAGAUAUCAAUGAUAAUGCACCUGUAUUUUUGAAAGAUUAUCGUCCAGUUCUACAGGAACACGUUUCACCAAAGAAAGUUGUUGAAUUAUUAGCAACGGAUGAUGACGAUAGGUCUAAAAGCAAUGGCCCUCCGUUUUCAUUCCGUAUGGACCCAAGUGCCGAUGAAGUCAUUCGAGCUUCAUUUAAAGUUGAACACGAUCAGAAGGGCGCUAAUGGUGAUGGCAUGGCAGUUGUCACCUCUCUGCGGUCGUUUGAUCGUGAACAGCAAAAAGAGUACCUGAUUCCAAUUAUAAUCAAAGAUUCUGGAACUCCAGCCAUGUCUGGAACCAGCACAUUGACUGUAGUGAUUGGUGAUGUGAACGAUAAUAAAAUGCAACCCGGCUCAAAGAACAUCUUUGUUUAUAACUACCAGGGCCAAGCUCCAGACACUGAGAUCGGUCGAGUUUAUGUGUACGAUUUAGACGAUUGGGACUUGCCGGACAAGAGAUUCUACUGGGACACAACAGAGCACCCUCGAUUCAGACUAAAUGAAAACACUGGCAUGAUCACAAUGAAGCACGGGACAUGGUCUGGUACUUAUCACUUACGAUUCAAAGUGUAUGAUCGGAAGCAUACGCAAAAUGAUGUACCUGCUAACGUAACGAUUACAGUCAAGGAGAUUUCUCAGGAGGCUGUAUACAAAUCUGGUUCAAUAAGAAUCGCUGGAAUAACUGAUGAAGAUUUUAUCAGAGUAUGGAAUUAUAAGACCCAGAGUACUGUCAGAAGCAAAGCUGAUCGUUUUAGAGACAAAUUAGCCGAAUUGUUAAACGUUGAACCAGAAAAUGUCGAUGUAUUCAGUGUUCAGCUCCGUAGGAAGUAUCCUCCACUGACAGAUGUUCGAUUCUCUGCACACAGUUCCCCGUAUUACAAACCGGUCAAACUAAAUGGAUUAGUUUUGCUACAUCGAGAGGAGAUUGAAAAAGAGGUCGAUAUUAACAUAACCAUGGUUGGUAUCGAUGAAUGUCUGCAUGAAAACGUGAAUUGUGAAGGCAGCUGCACAAAUCAGCUGGAUGUCAACUCGUUGCCGUAUAUGGUUAAUGCCAACAAAACAGCACUUGUUGGUGUCCGAGUCGACGUCAUUGGAGAGUGCACUUGUGGAGCAAGAAACUUCACAAAACCCGAAACUUGUAAAGGAUCACAAGUUCAUUGUCAUAAUGGUGGCCGAUGUACGGAAGGAAAAUACGGUGUCAGUUGCAAUUGUCCCUCCGGAUAUCAUGGGCCUAGAUGUCAGCAAACUGCUCGAAGUUUCCGUGGAAACGGCUGGGCGUGGUACGACCCUCUCGACAUGUGUGAUAACUCCCAUUUGAGUCUCGAAUUCAUCACCCGUAAAAGUGAUGGACAACUCUUGUACAAUGGACCAAUAGUGCCUCCUGAACCCGAAGAAGUUCUGGUUUCAGAUUUUAUUUCAUUAGAGUUAGAAAAGGGUCAUCCCAAAUUGUUAAUAGAUUUUGGAUCAGGUACUCUUGAACUUAAAGUGAGAACAUCGAAAACAUUGGACGAUGGUGAAUGGCAUCGAUUGGAUGUUUUCUGGGACACAGAGAUGGUGAGACUUGUCGUAGAUUAUUGUAAAAGCGCUGUGAUCUCAGAGCUGGAGGAUGGCUCUGUACCCAAAUUCGACAGUUCAAGUUGUCAGGCGCAAGGUUUCAUACCUCCGUUCAAUGAAUACCUGAAUGUAAACGCUCCUCUGCAACUAGGUGGUCGCCACACCAGUGAAAUCAAUCCUGCCCUCUAUCGGUGGAAGUAUGUGCCUCAUGGCAAGCCAUUCGACGGUUGUAUCAGAAACGUCAUCCACAAUAGCAAACUCUACGACCUAGCCCAACCUGGUCUCUCCCAGAACAGUGUUGCAGGUUGUGCUCAAACGGAGGAAGUUUGCGCCGGAAUCCGAUGUGGAGAUCAUGGUGUAUGCGUUGGUAGUUUGGCCGAAGUUCGAUGCGAGUGUUUGCCUGGCUUCACUGGACUAUCAUGCAACAUGCCAACAACCCCAAUAACUUUCAAAGCCCAGAGUUACGUCAAGUAUGCUCUCUCUUUUGAACCAGAUCGGUUUAGGACGCAAGUUCAAUUGAGGUUCCGCACAAGGGAAGUUUAUGGUGAAUUAUUCAGGGUCAGUGAUCAACACCACAGAGAAUACGGAAUUCUUGAGAUCAAAGAUAGCCGACUUCACUUCAGGUACAAUCUCAACAGUUUAAGAACAGAAGAAAAAGAUGUUUGGCUAACUGCAGUUGCUGUGGAUGACGGCCAGUGGCACACUGCCAAGAUUACUCGGUAUGGAUCAGCGACAAUGCUAGAACUUGAUGGAGGAGAGGGUCGCCGGUACAAUGAGACGUUUGUGUUUGAAGGACACCAGUGGUUAGUUGUCGACAAACAAGAGGGAGUUUAUGCAGGUGGUAAAGCAGAAUACACUGGAGUACGAACUUUCGAGGUGUUUGCUGACUUCCAGAAAGGUUGUUUGGAUGACAUCAGGCUUGAAGGCAAGCACCUGCCUUUGCCUCCAGCAAUGAAUGGAACGCAGUGGGGCCAAGCAACAAUGGCUCGAAAUCUGGAAGCAGGUUGUCCUUCGAAUAAACCUUGCGCCAAUGUUAUUUGUCCAGAUCCAUUUGAGUGUGUUGAUCUUUGGAAUGAAUAUGAGUGCACCUGCGGCGAGGGCCGAAUAAUAACUCCCGACGGGAAGGAGUGCAUCGACCGAAAUGAGUGCUUGGACAAUCCCUGCCGCAACGGUGGGCUUUGUCAGAACCUAGAACCAGAAGUCAGGUACCGUUGUCACUGUCCUGACGGGUUCUGGGGCGGUAACUGCGAGCUUGUUCAAGAGGGCCGCAGGCUCAAACUCGGGAUGGGCGCAUUGGCCGCCAUUCUAGUUUGCCUUCUAAUCAUUCUCAUUUUGGUGCUGGUGUUUGUUGUGUACAACCGAAGGCGAGAGGCAGGCAUCAAAUAUGCUGGCCCAGAUGAUGAUGUUAGAGAAAAUAUCAUUAAUUACGAUGAUGAAGGAGGCGGUGAGGACGACAUGACAGCUUUUGACAUCACUCCGCUUCAAAUCCCGGUUGGACAUGCUAUGCCGGCCAAAAUUUUAUACCCACCAGUAGGUGCAGAGCCAGAUGUUGGUAUUUUCAUCGAAAAACAUAAAAAGCAUGCAGAUAGUGAUCCAAAUGCACCGCCCUUCGAUGACCUGCGGAAUUACGCCUACGAAGGAGGAGGUAGCACAGCAGGGUCACUUUCUUCCCUUGCGUCGGGGACUGAUGAUGAGCAACAAGAGUUUGAUUAUCUUGGUGCGUGGGGUCCUCGUUUUGACAAAUUGGCCGACAUGUACGGGCAAGAUGCUGAAAGUGAAGAAGACGAGGAUGAACCUUGAUCCGAUCUCUAUCAGUCCUCUUCUCUCCAAGUCUAGUCGCUGACCACUCCACGAUCUCAAUCGCCACUCACUGACUAAAAGACUGCCAAACUUAUCUCCCCAUUUUCUCCACCCAUCUCAUCACACCGUCUCCUCAGAGUUAUUUUGCAUCUUCUCUCCUUGAAUAUAUUUUUCUGUAGAUACAUGUCCGUCUCUAAUGUACACAUCUGUGUAUAUAUAUGUGUAAGAUAACUCGGCAGUAAUCGUUACCAUCUACUAAUUCCAAGACGUCUGUAGGCUAAUGGCCUUUCAUAGGGUAUUUUGUUUUUUGUAAAAUGUAUUAUCAAAGCAACAUUUCAUGAGAAUGAUUUGACCCCAUGUCAAGGGGAAAAAGGUGGUCAACUCCAAUUUUGAGCGCUUAUGAUAGUUACCCUCCUUAUGUAAGAAAAUAUGCCCCAUGAUAUGGGUGCACCCAAUCUCAUUCAAUUUGUUGCUUUGAAUGUACAUAUCUAGAAUGUUUUAAACUUUUAUUUUACCCUUUUUUGUGGUUUUAUGCCUGAGUUGAAAAACUAAUGAAUCAUGAAGGAUCUGAAAUAUUUCUCCGAGUAAACCUAUAGUUUUUUCUGUUCUUUAGACGAUAUACAUUGCUCCAAUUGGAUACUCAGAGCUUUUCUGAAAUAUCUUUUGAAUCUCUUAUUUUAGUUCCAGUCAAAGUUGUCAAACAUUUUUGUGUCCUUUUCACUUUGGACCGAAGUCAAAUGAGUGGUUUAUAUUUAAGUCUCACGAGUCAUGUAAAUUCAUUUCUAAGUCUCAUUAUAAAGUGUAAUAUUUGUUUAACACAUUUUUUAUAAGUAUGUAGGUAACCAACGAAAUACCUAAAUCAAUUAUGUAAAUAUUUUCUUAUUUUAGACCUUUAAAACCAUCUCAGUUUUUGUAUAAUUAUUUUUGAGCUGUGCAUUUGCCAUUUGUCUCUUGAAUGCAAUCAAGAAAUUCAACUGAAGCCAUAAACCCUUCGCUCGAGAUUCUAGUUUGAUGGGGUCAGUCCCUGUGUUACGUAAAUAACCCAAACUAUGCUUUGAAACUUCUUUACUCCAAGGAGAAUAAAUGAAAAAUCCUGCCUGAAUCUGAAAUAAAGUCAGAGGCAAAAAAUAAUUAAUGAUGAUUCUGGUUUGGGAUGUCAUACCUCCAACCUCUUCAUCUCAUCUCUCACCUUCAUCACUUUGAAACUUUAAAUUAUAGAAUUAUCCAAACUUUCAACCAAUCUCUAAGAAUGAUGUUAUGUUUUUUUUCAUUCUUUUAUUCUUUCCUCUUUUGAAAUUGCUCAAAUUUUUUAGUGAUAUUCCUCAUUUACUCUAGAAGUUGAGAUAUGUGAUUACCUGACCAAAGGUCUAAGCAAUACCAAGUAAAUUUCAGAGACUGACCCCCUAUCGACAUAAAUGGGUCUUGAAAAGAAUGUGUCUGAGAUAUCUCAGUAAUCGACUGUAAAUAGUGCGCAAAUUAGAUAAAUUGAAUUCUAGAUCAUCAAGUAAAUCAAAUUUUGACUGAUUAAAUUUUUAAGUCGCAGCGUGUUGUCUAAAUCAUCUUGUAGCUACUUUUGAAGCUCAUAGAAUUUAGCGCCUGUUGUCUUCGCCAAGUAAAAAAAAAUAGUUCAACUUACAGAAGCCAUAUUUAUUAAUAGACUUUUAGUAAUUUUAAUGAAAAGACAAUUUACAAGUUAUAAUUUUCGUUGUUGUUGGAAAAAUUUCGCAACCUCCCGAUUAAUUUUUUCAAUACUCCACCAUUUACAUGUACUAGGCCUCGAAAACGUUUUUGUCAAUUUAUUCGAAAAGAAGACACUUUUAACCAGAAUUUUGUUGCACCUUCAGGUAAAAUAAAAACCAAAUUUAUUAUAGUAUGAAGGCGCCAAAAUGAUCAACAAUAUGCAGUCGUAUUUAUUGAAGUUUUCUAUUAUUCUGGAAUGUUUAAAGCCCAAUUCACACUUUGUAUUCAACUUUUUAAUCAACUCAUCUUUCAAUUUUGUAGAAUAAAAAGUUAGAUUGUGUGAUGUAGACACAAAAACACGACAAUUUGAUGAUAAAGUAAACAGAAACUCAUAUUUUAUGUCAUAUUCAACUCUUCAUUAAACUUUCUAUCCAAUCUGCGCUGCCAAAAAAGUUGAAACUAAAUCUUCUAAUCGACAUUAGCCAAAAGUGUAUCUUCGCAUCUGAGAUACUCGAAAUCUGUUUGAGGAUAACACAUAAUAAAGGCAAUUGAAUCAAAUUUUGUUGGGUUCAAUUUAUCCAUAUUUGUCCACUUUUGUCGGAUGAACAGUUAAAUAGUGUGAAUUGGGCUUCAUUCUUUUAUUUAGUGUACUCUCAAACAAUCGAGCAGGCUCAUCUUUUUUCACAGCCCCAAAGCUUGUAAAUAAGAUUCCAAACCAAAUAUAAAGAGUAGAAAGUGAUCAUAAGGAAACAUAAUUUACUCUACCCACCCCUAAUCUGUAUCAAUAAUAAUCUGUAGAGUUGUAAAUAAUAACCUUAAUUGGUGGUAACCAUAAGUUUUGUUCUUAUUCAUUAUUUUUUCUGCCAUCCUUCUUUUGUUUAAUGGUUUGUUUAUCAAAUGAAACACUGUUCGUUGUGAGAUGGAAAAUCAAAAUUCUACCUUGAUGAAAACUUUCUUGAUCUGGAACCUUACUUCAUCCUUCUUCGUUCCAUCCUUAUAAAAUCAGUGGACUGUUACAGAACGAAAUUCCAGCUAACAGGUUUCGGAGUGUGGUUCGUUGCCAUGUUCUUUUAAUUAUGUAUUCACGGCGUGUAUUAAAUAUUAUGAAAAUAAAUAAGGAAAGUGAAAUUUAAUUAAUUAUUUCUGAUCAUACAAAUAGUGCUAUUAAAAUAUAACCGCUCAUAUUGGAGAGCUUUGUUCUGCUCUUGAUCACUUUUUUUUUUAUUUUCUUCACCAGAUAAUUAAUUAAGUGGUUUUAUGUAGCCAUAAUCCAGUUUUCUACUGAUUUUAUCAAUUUUUUGAUUUGAUGAUAGUUUUUUGGAUCUGAAUUUUUCCCUUUUGAUAUUUGUUCUACCAGCACGUGAUAGCCACGUAUACCUUCUUAAGUAAGUUGCUGCUUUCGUUUAUUUGAAUUAUGUUAUAUUUUUUCUUCAUUCCCCUGUAACAUCAAAAACUUCUGUGCCAUACUAUUACCGCGGUCAGUAUUCAUAGUUUUCCUCUCUCAAUUGUGUUCCUUUAGUUUUGUGGAUCUCAUUCAUAAGUUAAAACACCUGUCGAGUCAGUCAUAUAAACUGUUAUAGUGAAAAGAGGGAAUCUCUGGUUUUGUUCUGUGCUUUGAACAGGGCAAAAUCACAAUUUGUAUUGUAUUAAACUUCAGGAAAGCUGUACAGUUAAUAGCUAGUGGUCGUACAAAUCAUCAUUGCGUAUUUUGGAAGCAAAAGCUUCUGCAAAAGAACAGAUCAAGAACAAAUAUUUUCUCUUGUAAAAAAAAGGAACACUCAAGUUUUAGAGAGAUUUUUAUUUUUGAACAGCUCUUUAUUUCGUGAUGUUGCUUCCUCUGUCAAGAAUCACCAUCAUCUAGAUCCACCAUGUCAACCGAAACACAAUUGAGGCGUAAAACUAGAAAGGGAAGCUUUUGCAGUUUUAUUCUAAAGCCAUCUUUUUUACAGUAAUGUAUUGAUUUUUUCUUGUCUCUAUUGAUCAAAUGUCUUUUUACGUGAAAGCAACUUUUACAAAUGAAUGUCCACCCAGUAUCAAAUCUCUGAUUCAAAAAGAGUUUUUUGUUGGCUCGCUAAACAGAAUGAUGAGUCAAUUCAUGCGAACAGUUUUUCAAAAAUAACAUUCUCAAACCAAUGUUUCUACAUAGUCAUUUCAUUUAUCUGUACAAAGUCAUUUCCUUUUUAAGUUAGUUGGUGUACUUGUCGCCAGUUUUUGUUUUGUAAAGUUAUUGGUAUAUUGAGAACUUUUUUAUACUUUUGUAAAUUUUAUUUUUAUGUAAUUUGUUUUCCGUUCAUCUAUUCACGAAUUCAAAGUUAUUAAUUUUGCCAUCAUUUUUAUCUAGUAUUGUCAUCAAUUAUUUUUAAUUCGGCCAAUGCCCAUUCUCCUCCUCUUUCUUAAGAAAUCUGAUUGAAAUCUAGGCUGAAAAAUCAUUUCUAUACUAAUUCGGGUUUCUAUUGAACUCUAGCUGUUAUGUACAUCAGUUUUCUUUAACAUAUUAUUUUGUGAAAAUGUUUUAUAUUGUGAGUGUUGAUUAUUUUUAUUUUAAAUGUUCCUUGUAUUGUCCUAAGUAGAUUGAUUUCAAUUUGUUAGAAUAAAUUUUAGUGGUAGGAUUAAGAGUUGAAUGUACUUGCACUAUUUGCCUGUUAUUUUGAACAAUUUUUUAUUUUAAAAGUAUUUGCUACCAUUUUUAUAUUUUAUCCAGCAAAGGAUAUUUUUCCUCUCUUUUUAUUUUAUAAAAUACCCUGUAAAAGAAUAUUUGGCUCCAGUACAAAGUAUCAAUCAUAUCCCAAGUCCAUAUUUGGUCACCUGAAAUCUCAACAGAUGUCUUCAACUCUCAAGCCCCUUAUAAACACCAAGUUCUCUCUCUGUCUCUGAAAGAAGAAGGAAAAAAUGGUGCUAAAUCCUUCACCAAAGUAAAAUUUAACUCAUCUAAUUUAUGAGUAAUACUCAGCUGAAAGAAAAAACUUUGUUGUCCUUUUUUCAUGACAAAAUGCCAGUAGAAAGAUCUUUGGCUUUUGUGAAUAGUGAAAAUUAGUGCAAAUAAAGCUAUAUUUACUGCACAGGAAGCCCAACUAUCAAUGCAUCUAAAAUGCUAGCAUAUGAAAAUCUUCAUUCAAACACAAUCAAAACAUACUGCAGUAUGUAAUAGCAAUUUUUCUAUCAAACAAAAAUGAAAUAAAAAAUUUCCGUAUACCUAUAUCACUUCCAACUAACUCUUUUGCUUACUCAGUUUCCCACUUUAAAUUCUCAGGCGCGUCGACUAAUUUAUUUCCAUAUUAUUCCUGUGCCGACUCAAUUCGCGGGAUAUUUUGAAAGUUUACCUAUUGUUCAUCAAAAUCAGAUUUUCUGCUAAUCCUGUAAGUGAGCAAUGUUUUUGCUUACAUUCUAAAAUGUUCCUUUUUUUAGUUUUGUGAGAUAUUCAGCAUUCCUAUUUUUCUCCUCAUAUUCCAGCACAACCGGAGUCCUCAUCCUUUAUCUCUCGUGUUUGCUAGCUCUGUAUAUUAAGGAGGGAGGCUCACUGAAUCACGAAAAUCCCAUUCUAAAGGUGGUGUAUUUCAGAGAUGCUUUUUUGAGUUUUCAUCUAAAAAGACAAAGAAACGAAUGUCUUUUUUAAAAGCAUUGCUGCAAAGCAAAGUAUUUUUUUAACUUAUGAAAACACUAGUAACAUUUUUACACGACUGCUAAUGAACAGAUGCAUACAGUCGAAGCUCUUAACAUCAAAAUUGUAGGACUGGAAACGCCCAGAGUUGUGAUUUACGUGAUGAUCCGUGUGGCUCUUUUUCCUAUGUAGAUGUGCAUAUACAUAUUAUUAUCAUCAGAAUAUUUGUAAAUAAUUUUUAAACAAGUAUUUUUAAUUUUUCACCUCUGCUCAAAAUCAGUAUGCUAAUUUUUGUAACUGUAAUGAUUGUACUAUGUGUAUGAACACUUUUCUAUCAUCUGUUAGGACAUUGUUAGUAUCACUGCCUUGUUCUGUGCGACCAUUGACAUCUGAUCAUUGUUAUCAAAUUUUCCGCCAUUUACAUUCCACUUGGAUUUUUUUUCUUUUCUUCUUUGAGGUUUGGAUUAUUAUUCUCCACAACUAAGGAGUGUUUAUACAAUAUGCUCAAGUUCACUUCUUAUCAUCUCUCAGUUUCAGCACUGAGGCGUCAUAGUACCCCAUUUUUUGUUGCCAUGUUUGAGAUUUUUUAACUAUAAAAGUUAAAAAACGCUUUUUACAAAAUUUUCCCAGACACUUUUCGGUUACCAUUAGGCUUGUAAAUUGAAAGUCAUCUGCUAGUUCUCAUGCAAUGUUUCUCACGCCAUUUUUCACCUCGAGGCGGCCGAUUUUGUGCUCAAGGUUCAGGAGGCUAAUAAUCCAAAUUAAUAUUCUUUUUGCCAAAAAAUGUUAUUCUUUAUCAUUGAAGGUCUCUUUGAGAUAUAUAUUGAUCACCUCUCGUCAAGAUAGUAUUUCAUGAACUUUAGAUGUAUAGUAAGUAAGCAGAAUUGAGAUAAUGAAUAGUCUGUUAACAAUUAAUACUUAUGUGACCGCUAAGAUGGAGAGUUUGAUGACAAAACAACAAAAUUGUUGUAUUUUUGACCUAACUAGGGCGGCCUAACUUAAAGUAGCCUAACUUAAUGGCAGUAGGAUGUUCAUACUACCAUUUGAGUUGAUAUCUUCUUACAUGGGCAACUGUGAAGACAAAAUAAGUGCUGGCAUUGCUAACCUGUUCUCUGAACUCAUCAGAUCAAUCUUAUAUCCUUGAAUCUUUGUAAUCAUAGUUACAAAUUAAAAGCAAUCUCUGUAUCAUUUUUUCUAGAUCAAAACUAUUUUUAUAUGAAUUGAUUGUGAGUUUGGCUUCCAGAUCCCUCGAGUAAAGAUGCUAAGCCAAUCAUUCUAAGCAGUAGGUUUAAAAGUCAAUCAAUUAUCUAUGAAAGCAAAGGAAUGGAAAAUAUUAUGUUUGUGUUAUUAAAAAUAUGAUGAUGAAAGAAAAAUAAAUUGGAAGCAAACCAACCUGUACAGAUAUGUCGAAAAGAAUUAAAGAAAUAAAUGAACAAAACCUCUUGUAA